AUGCAAGAGACCACGUCGGCCCGCGAGAGCGCCGGCGUCGUGCUCUUUGACGCCUCGGACACGCGCUGGUCGGGCGUCUGCACAACGCGGACGUCCAUCAUGCUCGACCUCUCGUACCUCUACGACCCGAUCUCGCAACCGCACGACGCCAAGGGUAGCGGCGACGCGACAACCAAUUCGGCAUCGGACACCACGUGCAGCAGCAGCAGCACGACCGAAGCACUCGCGAGUCGUCGUCGUCGCCGGCGAACCGCGUCGGUCGUCGAGACGGGCCGCCACAACGACGCCAAGUGGUUCACGCCCGUCUCCAAGUUUAUUCGGUCGCUCUUCCGGCCCCGCGACCGAGACUCUCUGCUCCUCCAACGGACCUCCAAGUAUUACAAGUAGGGCGCUUUCGAGCGAAGAGUAUUUAUAUGCGCCCGCCGUCGAGCCAUACUGUGCCGUAGUACAAAUCUGUAGCG